AUCAAAAUGGCGUCUUUCACGGGGUAGUUCAUAUCCGCCGCAUACUGUAUCGUUUUCGUCAAUAGUGAUCGUGACUUUUGCUUUGUUUUAUAUAGUCUAGUGAACAUUUAUUCAGUGUUACAGUGGAAAAUUUACGUCAAAACUUCAUGAACAGUCGUGUGGAAUACUUUGAUACAAGUUUUCGCAAAGAGAUUCGUGCCGCAGCCCGAGUGACGAUGUGCAAUGACGGCUGAGACAGAGGCGCGUCGAACACGGCGCGCUCACAGGCGACAUGUCAUUUUUUAAUAACCUCAAAAAGGUCCUGCACCUGGGCAGCGGCCAUGACACGAAGAAGAAAAAAGUGUUCGCGAACAUCCGCGACAACAGCGACCCCGCCGAGAAUUGGGACAUGAUUGGCGAGCUCGGCGAUGGCGCUUUUGGCAAGGUGUACAAAGCGCAGCACAAGACUACGGGCCAGCUGGCGGCGGCCAAGAUGUGCGUGCUGGACAACGAGGACGAUCUAGCUGACUUCACCGUCGAGAUCGACAUCCUGUCCGAGUGCCGCCACCCCAACGUGGUCGAGCUCCACGAGGCGUACUUCAUCGACAACAAAUUAUGGAUGCUGCUGGAGUACUGCGACGGUGGCGCCCUCGACUCGGUGAUGGCUGAGUUGGAGAAGGGCCUCAACGAACAGCAGAUCGCGUACGUCUGCCGGGAGAUGUGCAGGGGCCUGGAGUUCCUGCACAGUCAGAAAGUGAUCCAUCGGGACUUGAAGGCGGGCAAUGUGCUGGCGACCAUGAGCGGCGGCGUCAAACUCGCUGAUUUCGGUGUCUCCGCAAAAAACAAGUCGACUCUUCAGAAGCACGACACGUUCAUCGGCACGCCGUACUGGAUGGCGCCCGAGGUCGUCUUGUGCGAGACCUUCAGGGACAACCCUUAUGAUUUUAAGGUGGACAUAUGGUCGCUGGGCAUCACGCUGAUCGAGUUCGCGCAAGUGGAGCCGCCGAACCACGAGAUGACGCCGAUGCGAGUGCUGCUGAAGAUACAGAAGAGCCCCCCGCCCACGCUGGAGCACCCGGCCGCCUGGAGCCCGGCCUUCAACGACAUCAUCGCCUGCGCGCUCGUCAAGGACCCCGAGAAGCGGCCGACGGCGUCGCAGCUGCUGCAGCACGCGUUCGUGCGCGCGGCGCCGGACGCGCGGCCGCUGCGCGCGCUGCUGCUGGAGUUCCGCGCCGAGGUCGUCGAGGAGGAGCUGCUCGACGACGACGCUGAGAACAAGUUGAGGAGAGGCAAAACCAAGCUUAAUAAGGAGCAGUAUCAGCGAAUCGCUUCCGAACCGGAACUGCAGCCGCGCGGACGUCCGCCUGCGUCGAAGGAGCACCGCAGUUCCCAGAUGCAUAUGGAGAUGGAAGAUGACUCCACGUCGGUCCGCUCCGGGGACACGCCAGACGUCAAGAUGUCGGACCCGGAGCCGGCGGCGGGCGCGACCCCGCAGCCGCCGCCGGCCGCGCGCCCGCGCUCCCCACCCGCCGGCUCUCUGCCCCCCGCACCCGCCCCCGCCCCGGCCGCAGUCAAGCGCCGCGGCGAGGACGGCGGCGCGGCUGACAAGAACAAGCCGGCGCCGAAGAAAGAGAAAGGACCCGCGCCCCCGCCGCCCGCCAGCCCGCCCGCCUCCCCGCAGUCGGACCCCGGCCCCCACCCGCCCGCCGCCGCCCCCUCCCCGCCCACACACCCCACACACACCACACACACCACACAGACCACUCAGAGCAAGAAGCCCCCCGCCCCCCCGCCGCCGCAGGCCGUCGGCAAGCUUAUUGUGGAUCAGGUAUGCCGAGAGGCCGAAAAGGCGGUAGAGAACAAAACGGACAUCUCACCAGACAAAACACCAAAGGAAUCGGAACCGGCCGAACUUACCCGAACGCCGACCGAACUUACCCGAACGCCGGCCGAACUUACCCAAACACCGGCCGAACCUACCCGAACGCCGGGCGAACAAACACGAACGCCGGCCGAACCUACCCAAACGCCGGCCGAACUUACCCGAACGCCGGCCGAACUUACCCGAACGCCGGCCGAACAUACCCGAACGCCGGCCGAACUUACCCGAACGCCGUCAUUAGAAAUCAUCAAAGAAAAAUCAAAUUCCAUAGACAAAGUCGACAGAAUAGACAAAGAUAAUAGAAUAAAGAUAGAUGGAUUAGCAGAAAUCAAAGAAAUGAAGAGAAAUUCUGAAGAAAAAACGUCUAUAGCGGAAAAAAGGCGGUCGUUUGCGGAUAAAAUUAAUGAUUUCAAAGAUUCCAACAAUUUUAUUGACGAACACAAAGUAUUACAUAUCAAAGAUGAUAUUAGAAAUGAGAAAAACAGUUCGUUUGAAGAGAAGAGGAAGUCUUUAGAGCAGAAAUUCAAUAACAACGUCGAAAGACACAGAAACUCAUUUGAAAGUACAAUUUCAGUGGAGGAAAGAGUCGAAAAGAGAUUGGAAGACGCUAGAAACUCAAUUUUACUCGACAAGAGCAAUUCAGUGGGAGAGAUUGUGGAGAAAAUUGAGAAUGAUAGGAGAAUUAGUGAUAAUAGAGAUGUGGACGGUAUUAAAGUCAACGUGGAAGUUAAUAGGGUGGAGAAUAGAGACGACAAGAUAAGAUCGCAACAGAAUUUGGUGGAAGUCAGGCCUGUUACGCCGUCGAAGGAGCAAUCGUCAGCGGUGGUCGUGGUCCCCAGUUCGGUGGUGGUGUUCUCACCCAACUCCCUCGGGGGCAGCGGCUGCGGCCUCGUCACCGUCACCACCACGCACCCCCCCGUCCUCGCCAACAGCGCUGAGCUCCCGCCGCACGCCGUGACGAUAUCGACGACGCCGCCGAUAGCGGACGAGGUGGUGGUCAUCAGCGCCGGCUGCUCCUCGGACGAGGACUGCGUGGCGCCGUCCUCGCUGGACUCGCUGGACGUGGGUUUGUCAACAGAGAAGCGCGGUCGCCGCCUCGACAGCAGCGAGGUACUGAUACUGAGCCCCGGCGCCGCAGACUCGGGCGUCUUCGACGACAGCGGACACCACGCCGCCAACCUGGACACGUCGCACGUGUCAGUGGUCACAGUAGACAACGAACAAGUGAGGGUGGUCGACUCUCACAACGCGCAGUACGAGAAAUAUGAGAGUCGCGCGACAACGAGGCUCAGCGUCGACAGCACCGUGCACCUGGGUCACUCGGACAGCGGGUCGCUGGCGUCGUCGUCGUCGCGCGCGGCGGCGGACGCUGACGCGGACUCGCUGGCCGAGAGCUCGCACCAUGCCAACGGCGGCUCCAGAGUGAACACGGAACAUCAAGUGGUCGAGAACGGUGAGCCGGUCGUGUUGAGACGGAAACAGGAACAGCCGAAUAGGAUACAGAGGUCGAAGGAGGACGUGCAGCUCGCCAACCUGCGCAAGAAGACGCGCAAGCGCACGCGCAAGUUCGAGAUCGACGGCGUCGUCGUCACCACCACCACCUCCAAGGUGAUAUGGGGCGACGAGGAGAGCGGGCGCACGUGGGACGACCACGCGCUGCGCAAGCAGGAGCUGCGCGAGAUCAAGAUGCUGCAGAAGCAGGAGCAGAAGCAGUUCCAGGACCUCAACGCCAAGGAGACGCAGCUGAGGGAACAGCAAGACAAGAGAUUCGAAGCGGAGCAAGCGUCGCUGUCGCGCGCGCACGCGUCGGAGCUGGAGACGCUGGCGCGCGCACAGCGAGCGAGCGCUGAGCGCGCGGAGCUGCAGCUGGAGGCGGAGCUGCGGCUGGCGCUCAAGCGGCUGCGCGCGGAGCACGAGCGCGAUCUGCGCCACUUCCGGGACACGCUCAAGCAGGAGCUGCGGCUGCUCAAACAGGAAGUCGAACUAGUGGCCAAAGACCGUCGCAAGGAAGCUUACAGACAGCGGCGCGUCAGACUCGACGCGGAACACGCGGAGAGGGAGAAAGCUUUCGUCGCGAGCUUAGCCGAAGCUUCCGACUCUGUUCUCAGAAGGAUACACGACAAUCACCGCGAUCGGCAAGCUCUGGCCGACCGACAGUAUUUGCAACAAAGGCAACAGAUAAUGCGCACCCGAGAAGCGGCGUUCUGGGAGCUCGAAGAGAAACAGAUACACGAAAGGCACCAAUUAGCCAAGCGACAAAUAAAGGAGGAGUUCUUGUUGCGACGACACCAGAUGCUGGUGCGGCAUGACAAGGAACUGGAUCAGAUACGAAGGAAGAACACCCGCAAAGAGGAGGAAUUAGCCAAAUGUCAAGCGUUAGAAAAGAGGUCCUUGCCGAAGCGGAUACGAGCCGAGCAGAAAGCGAGGGAGAUGAUGUUUCGGGAGUCGCUGCGGAUAUCCGCCGGCAAUGCGGACCCUCACAGGGACAAGCUCAAGAAGUUCCAAGAGAAUGAGAAGCGGCGGUAUCGCGCGGAGCACGAGCGCCUCGCGACCAAACACGCCAAAGCCAGAGAGGAGCUCCGGGCGGCCGGCGAGGCGUUGCUGCGCGAAUUGGAGCAGUACCAGAACGAGAAGCGCAAGGCGCUGACCAACCACGAGAGCAACAAGAUCAAGGCCGCUGAGGAGAGGUACUCCUCGGAGCUGAGGGAGUGGCGCGCCAAGCUCGGCAGCAGGAAGAUGGCACUGGAAGACGACUUCGCGGCGCAAUUGGAGGACCAAGAGCGGCAAGCGACUCAAAACGCGAGGCUACCGUCGACCUUGCCACACCACAGCUCAACAUUGCACUCGUCGCGGACCAGCCUCGCCUCCAGUCAUUAUGACUGAUUUUUAGACUUAAGACAAUUACUUUCAGGAAUUUCUUCGCGCAAAUUUACAAGAAUAGAAUAAUCAUUAUUUUAAAAACAUCAACAAAGAACUCUAAUCUGUUUAUGAAGAGUAGAAAAUAAAUGGUAGCGAUCUGUCCUCUUAGCUGGCAACACCGUAUUUAUCAACCCAUGUUAAGUAAAACUCCUUACGACACAAUCUGAUUGCCCAAUUUGAUUGCCGAUUGAAUUGGGUACUAUCUGAUCGUCAACCACAGGGCACAACUAAAUCGCCAAUUUCAGUAUUUGACUGUGCAAUCCCAAAUCGGGCGAUGCCGACCACCCAAUGACCUUGAAUUUCAUAUUCCGUCCACACGACCCAAUUUGAUUGUCAACCUAAUCAAAUUGAUCAUAAAAUUGGGUCGUCUGGAAGGGGUUUAAGACUGGAGCUUAUACUCCCAAGAAAUUUGAUCAAAGUAUGUGUAUUGUUAUGCGUUAAAUCUGUAGUCGUGUCUCUCCUUACCCAAUCUAAUAUGUCACUUUUGACAUCUGUCAGUCUAUAGCUAGAACUGUCGAAAAAUGUAUUUUGUUAUUAUUAUUUCUUUAUAUAGUACUAGCGGCUCGUCCCGGCUUCGCUCGGGUAAAAACGGAAUAAAUGAAACACCUAAACCUUUCUCAGUAAUCACUCUAUCUAUGGGUGAAAACCGCAUGAAAAUCGUUGCAGUAGUUUUUGACAGACAGAAGCGGUAGAGGACUUGGUAUUAUAAUGGAUUUUAUACUAGUUUUAGUAGUUCUGAUUUUGGAACAAUAAAUAUUGUGUGCCCUCCGUUACAAGGUUGCAUUUAUGAAUUUUGACGUAAUAAUAAUAAUUCUUUAUUGCAGACACAAUAUCCAUAUCACAAAAUAAAUAAAUAUAAAAUAAAGUAAAAAUACAUUAAAAAAAACAAAUGUUGUUCACUAAAAACUUAUUUACUUAUUAAUGGUAAUAGGUAACUACCCAUUACCAUGCGUCAAUUUAACCCAACACUUGUAUGUUGUGGUCGUCAGCAGUCGUGUGGACAGGCUGCGGAUAAUUUCGUUUUUACACCUAUAGACUCCCGACAUAAAAGAAGCUAUUCUUUUUCUAUGAAUAGCGCUAAAUGUCGCGUAUUGUCGAAUGUGACCUAUCAAAUUGGCCCUACUUUUAUACGGCGACUAUAAAUGUUAUAUAUCUACGUUACGUGCCAGCACACUAUCCGCGAAUCUGUGUACAUUGCUUAUUUUUUCAUUGUGGUCAAUAAAAGCACUGAUACUAACUACGCAAUACUCAUUCGCGUCGGCAUCCGUCCGAGUUCCGCGACAGUGUGGAGCCUGCAUAAGAAAUGUCGGGAUUCCAAUGAACGAGAUAGCAACAUGUACCUUGUAUCAAAUGGCUAUUGGUAGAACUGGCUCCAAUAUAAAUCUAUAAAAGAUUUAUGUUAUCAACCAAUCUUGAUCAUUAUAUUUAUACAUAUAUUUGCUAUAUAAUAUAGCAUACACAAAGUAAUGUACUUAAAAAUAGUUUAAAAAAACACGUUAACAUCCUUUUUCUUCUCUUUGUGGACAGACUGGAUGUCAUUUUGGACAAUUUAAAAAAAAAAAACUUAUUAAUCGAGCUACAAACCAACGAUUAAGCUAAUAAUGGCAUAUUUGUUACUGUCAAAAAGCUUACUGCGAAACAGUUUGGUUCUACUAGUUGAACUUGAGAUUUACCAGAGAAAUAUGUGACGUUCCACGGAUAUAAAUACCUUAUGGGCGGUGUUUAUAUGUUUUUAUUGUUGAUCUGAAUAGUUUUUAAUUAGCAGAUUACAGAGAUGUCCAUAACUAAAUAUCGACGAUUACUUAUGUCCGUGGAUCGUUACAUAUUGUACACAUCGACAAUAACGUCUUUGCCCGUUACAUAUUUAACCGGUAAAUCAUAGUUGUAGUGGAAAAUCUUAAGAUUGACCGUAAUUCUACUUUUACGGUAACAUAAGCAUUGCCCGUCCCGAAAAUUGGGAUAUUUAAAGAUUAAUGUUAAAAGGUGCUGUGGUCCAACUAUUUUUAAAGUUGGACAACUGGCCCUAUUAAAGGCCCGUGGUCCAACUAGUUGGACGGAGCAGUUGGACAACUGCCCCUAAUAAAGGCCCGUGGUCCUACUAGUUGGACGCAGCAGUUGGACAACUGGCCCUAUUAAAGGCCCGUGGUCCUACUAGUUGGACGGAGCAGUUGGACAACUGCCCCUAAUAAAGGCCCGUGGUCCAACUAGUUGGACGGAGCAGUUGGACAACUGCCCCUAAUAAAGGCCCGUGGUCCAACUAGUUGGACGGAGCAGUUGGACAACUGCCCCUAAUAAAGGCCCGUGGUCCUACUAGUUGGACGGAGCAGUUGGACAACUGCCCCUAAUAAAGGCCCGUGGUCCUACUAGUUGGACGCAGCAGUUGGACAACUGCCCCUAAUAAAGGCCCGUGGUCCUACUAGUUGGACGCAGCAGUUGGACAACUGCCCCUAAUAAAGGCCCGUGGUCCUACUAGUUGGACGCAGCAGUUGGACAACUGGCCCUAUUAAAGGCCCGUGGUCCUACUAGUUGGACGCAGCAGUUGGACCACUGGCCCUGGACUGAAAUACAUAUGAAAGGAAUAUGCCUUACAACAUGUACGUAUGAAAAUUGUCUUAAAACUAGAUUUUUGUCCAUAAGUGCCAAGUAUUUUGAGCUUUCCUAUAUCGUAUUGUGAAGGGAGUAUUUUACUGGUCAGGCGCGGAUCCAGCGGUAUGGGCACAGUGGGCAUGCCCACAACCAAAACGUCACAAAACAAAAUUUAAUACAGAAAAUAAUUUAUUUUUACGUACCAUCUUUGAAAAUCAUAGUAUUAUGUCACUUUUACAAUGGUCAAAUCUCAAUAUUGUUAUAUAUACAAGGAUUAGUUUGUUGCGUUUAUUUUUUCGCAAUAAGCACGCGAUCCUUUCUAUCAAUGAUAUUUUAAGCUUUUAGCGCAUAAAAAUAUUCGAUUGUCAACCCCCCUUUUUUGAGGACUGGAUCCACGUCUGACUCUGUUAACAAUUUUUCUCAAAAGCAAUUAUUUAGGUAUACAACUAAAUAAUUGAAACACAAUUAUAAGGAAAUUAGUAAAAUUAUGUAAAAUUUUAUUCGUAAAAUAUGUAAUUACCCCUAUGAUAAAAAAUAUGAAAUUGAUACAUAUUGAAAAAAAAACAUCCGUAGUUCGCAGUUUCGUCUAUUAUUUUUUUACCGUAUGUAAAUGUACAUAUUAUAACAAGGAAUUUUACUAAAACAACUUAAAAAUCUAUUUUUUAUGUUUAAAUAAAAUAAAAAUAUAACCUAUUUAAUGAGACACGGAUGAAACGUACUGAAGAUAGUCGAAGUAUAUUUUGUCCUUGUCUCACUUUACAUAUUUGGCGUUGACAGAACGAGACAAAACAUGUUUUAAUUAAUAAAUAUCUUAUUUAUAAAACGCCAGGGACUGAAAGUUCAAAACUAGCUCAAAGUGUAAGGAAUUGAAGAGAAACAAGGUGCUUUUUAAAUUAUUUGCGUAGGCGGUUGUCGAUGGGGUCAUGUCAGACUGAUGUCUUUAAGGGUCCUGAGUAAAAUCUGACACCAGUGUUAGUAAUAAACACAUACAAACACGCUCUUUAAAAACUCAUUUUUUAAUGAGCUUUAUUUUGCUUAAAAAUCACGCUAGUCUCUAUAAAGAGUAGAAUAUAAAUGAAGGCCCUGAGUCCUAUUGGCUGGCCACACUAGGUGUUUAUCAACCAAUCCUGACUAUUGUAUUUGGUGUUGCAAUGGCAAAAAAUGUAUCGUUAAAUAUCGAUUUUCUCCCUUUACUGAGACUGUGUCAGUAACUGACUGAAGUUUUAAUGUAUAUCGCACCAAAAUUAUAAAUCCUAACUAAUAUUAUAAAUAUGUUUGUUAACUUUUCACGCUCUAUCUACUAAACCAAUCUACUUGAAAUUUUGCACACGUCUGUAUAUGGAGGAGGACAUAGGGUACCUUUCAUCCCGGAUAAAUUACUGUUUCUGUGGGAAAUUCACGUGGACGAAGCCACGGACAAAAGCUGGUAGUUAUAUAGAAGCACGAAAAUCCUAGGCCUUAUCGUAAAAGCUAAAAUUUAGCUUGUUGUUAGGGUAACAAAGCGGUGAAACAAAUUUUGUAGGCUGAAGAAAACUAAGACAUACUAUUUGCUAUUCCUUAUGAUAAAAAUAUAUAAAAAUUAUAUAUUUACAUAGGGCCAUAUAACCUGAUAUAAUACGAGUCUUAUAGAUCUCUCUUUCAUCUUGCGUAAUAAGAAAGAAAUGGCAAUAUUAGUGGGCAAAGAAUUAAUUGCAAUGGCGGCAGUCAGUUACCAUCUUUGAAUGUUCCAAUAAAUCGAAAUUUUUCGUUGGAAUUUUCGUCGUCCCAAUUGUUUUGGAAGAUGUUAUGAAGAAAUUGAAUAUUAAUUGUUAAUAUUUCGACUGAAAUUGUUGUCACUAUGAUUAAGAUGUGUUCGUAGAAAAUAUAUGUGUGGAAUUGCUGAAUAUUUCGGAUACAAUGACUUUCGGGAUGAUUCAUAUGAUAAAUCCAUUUUCUGUCACUGUCUAGUCUAGACAAUGAGAAUAUAGGAAUGAUAAGUUUAUCCAAAACUACAAUGUACGGCGGCGCUAGUAUCUUAGCAAGUCAAUAUAAUAUUAUGAAUUUUCAUUAGUUCCAAUAUUUGCCGCGGAAUUGGCGGGCGGAGUAAAAAUAUAGGAUGGUUGCCAUUAAUUAAAAUUAUUAUCAGCAAUAUUUUCAUGUGUGACGUCACUUUCGAUGCAACUAAAAACGGUACCAAAUAUUAGGUAACUAAAAGAGAGAAUCAUAAAAAAAUUCAUAAAUUUUUUAAGUCACCCAAAUGCAUUUAAAUAUAUUUUUUUUAUGCCACUACCCUAUUCGCACGGUACUUUGAAAUUAGUUUUAUAAAGCGAAUCGAUGAAUUAAAAAAAUCUUAAUAAGAGAUUAUAUCGAAUAUAUUUUCGAUCAAAGUAUUUAAAUCGUUACAGAGAAUGAUCGGAAAUGAGCUACUUAAGUUUAUUUAUAAGAUUUAUUUUAAGCUUAUAAAUGUAUUAUAGAUGCGACUUCGUUUAACUUUUUGGGUUAAUAAAUUACUAAAAUUAAAAACUUACAAAACAUAUAUUUCAUAUCAAAGAUAUCAAAACCUAUUUUUACAUAGCUUUUGCGACAUUUUCUUUUAUUUAAUUUCAAACGUAUCAUUAAAUCAACAAAUUAUUAAUUUUUAUAAUUUAUGGCAGCGAGAUUGUACACAUUUGUGGCCAUCCAAAUCAAAAGAGACUUUAUGGCGGCUGGCACUUAGUCCCUUAUUGCCGUUGUUCGAAUACAACACAACGACAAUAAUGGUAAAGUGUUGGGCGCCAUAAGGUCCCUUUAGAUUUGGACGGCCAAAUUUAAUGUUGAAUCUCGCUCAAAGUCGCUCAAACACUUAAAAUCUUUAAUUUAUAAUUGAUUUAUGUAAUUUUUCUUUGUCUGUGUUUUUUAAGACCUUAAAUUUGGCUUUCUUUUAUAUAUGAAAAAAAAAACUAUGUAUCAAAUCAUACGUCUUCAAUAUUUGGUCAUGGCAUGACAUGGUCUUUCAAUAUUUUUCCAUUAUAAUCAUAAGGCUAAUUUCGAAGAAUGGAUAGUUUAUAAGUUAUUCAUAAAAAAGUUAUAACUUAAGCUAAAAUAAUGUUUUAUCUUUUUCAAUUUUAAAUAUUAUAAAGCGACAAAACAUAUUUUAGCUUAAAGUACGUUUCAACUUUUCUAUGAAUCGAAACGGGGUCAAUCAAAAAAUCACUGAAACCAAAUGUUGUCUCCUGAGAUUUUUAAAUUUUAAUUUGGCCUAUUAUCCGUGUAAUCAAAUGGAAUAGUGUCAAAUAUGUUUCAAACCGAUUAAUUAAAUAUUAAGUCUUUUUAAUUGAGAAUAUGUAUAUUUUGUACAGAGACAUAACAUAGUAGAAGCGACUGAAGUGUAGAUAUAAUUAUAUAUUUUAUAUGUACAGUAAGAUAAGAUUUAGUUAAGUUUUGUCGCUAGUUUGGACUGUGUGUCGGACUGUUACAGUUUAUUACUAACGCUUAACGAAAUUAUAUUCGCGGCUAAAAUAUUUUUAUUUCACGAUUUUAUAGCUUUUAUCUAAAAUUUAUUGCACAGUCUAAAAUUAAAUACUAGUAAAAAAAAAACACUGUAAUAAUGUGGCAAAAAUAAUUUGCAAAAAAUAUCAAAACAUAUUGUUUUAAACUCUUUAGUUAGUUACUCUAAAGUCAAUAUUUUUUGUUUACAGUUUGAUUAAUUUUGCGCGUGGCCGAAAAACGAAUUAUAAUAGCUAUUAUAUAUUACUUUCUUUCGCACGAAUGUAGGUGACGCCCAUCAAUAAAUGUCAAAUCAUCUUUAUCAGAUUGUUACUACGAUACUAUGAAUAUACACGCUAAUAUGAGGACCAAUCAACUCCUAAGGUAUCUACUACUUUUCCACUACAUUAUCAUGAAUAUCUAGAUACCUUAAUUGUUUACAAUAUUCACGAUAAAAUUGUUUACAAUAUUCACGAUAAAAUUGUUUACAAUUUCGUUGCUUUAAAUUAACAAAAAAGGGCGAGAUUUUGUAUGUAUAUAUAUAUAUCUAAAUUUGAUUAUGAAAAUCGAAACUUUUCCCCGCGUUAUUAAAAAUGAAAAAAUUAUAAUGUAAACAUAAAAUCUAAAGUAUCUAAUUCCAUAAUAUUCUAGUGUUUUACGAAAUCCAAAAAUGUCUAUUAAAAAAUAUGUAUAUUAUUUUUUUAAUAUCAUAAGGACUCAUAGCGCGUACUUUAAAUGUGAUUGAGGCACGAAUGAAAAAAAAAUAAA